UGCUUGAAACCAUACGUAAGUUCGCAAGCACGAGCUGAGGCCGCUCGCGCUGCUUUACUUGUAAAUUAUUGCGCUGCUGGCCUCAUCUUUCUGACGGAGAGCUGGUUGCCGGUGAUUUCUAGAUUCUUCAUUUUGCAAAUCACAGCCUUCACCGCUGCAAUGACGGGAAACGGACACCACUGCCACCACGGUCCACCCCCACCGCCGCAUCAGCACUGUCCCCACUGCCCGCAUCACGGCCCACCACCUCACCACCACCACCAUCACAGCCCACCACCUCACCACCAUCACCACGGACCGCCACAUCACCACCAUGGACCACCGCCGCCGCCGCCACCACCACCACAUCAUGAUCCACACCAUCACCAUCACCACCAUCACGGACCACCACCACCGCCGCUGCAUCAUCACCACGGACCACCUCACCACCAUCACUGAGCUUACCCUAACCUUGUCUAGUGGGUACUAAAUGCAAAUUUUCAUUCCUUCUAUCCAUCCUCCCUGAAAUGUAGGUUAUAUUCCAUAAAAAACCUAAUAGUAGGUGUUGCUAAUCACACUCUAGAAAAAUGUAUCUGACAAUUCUGUGUAAGAUUAUGUAAUUACUGGAUCUUAAGGAAAAGCAUAAAGGGAACUUUUUGUAAUGCUAUUUCAUUUCUAAAAAUAUUGUGUCAGCAUAAUUGAAAAAAGUGCUAAAACAAACAAUCACCCAAAGUUUCCUGUAAAACCAAUGCAGAUAACAACUAAUGUUUUCAAUAUGUAAUUUGUAAAUAAACUGCUCUUCACAGUGGUUCACAAAUAUCGCUUGCAUAUACUAAGUGCUUAUAAUCAUCAAUAUUCUUACUGAAAUAUGAUCCUUGUGCAUUUGUACCAAUUAAAUUUGUACAGACCAGCUUAACAUAAAAGAUUGGUACAGUGUGCAUAGCACACAAGUCAUAUUACCUCCUGCAAUCACCAACAAUGAAAAUAUCAAGUUUUUGAUAAGGUAACUGAGAUCAUGUUCCAACUUAUAUAAUACUGUACAUGGUAUAUGAUGGUGUACAACCAAUGAUAAUAUCUUGUAUGUGACUACAUGCCACAAUGAAUUAAAUUAAUAAUGAAAAUACAACAAAUAAUUUUAAAAAAUACAUAUGUCUCAAAUGAAAGACACUUCACAAUGACUACAUCUGAUUCCAACAAACUUUUUUUUUUAAUUUUAUAACACUGUGUAUCAAAACAUUUGGAAUUUGAUUUGUCACAAAGAAAUAAGAAGAAAAGCUUAUACCAAUAUGGAACUGGGAACGCUCAGUGUGUGUUUUGAUACAUCUAGGACACAUUGUUCAUGACUGCUAUUUAGAACAUUUCUAAUGAAGGCUUUUAGAGGAGAACUGCAACCAUUUCUCACUUAGAAGACAUUAGGGUUUCCACAUGUUCCAAUUUUGUAGGGAUCGUCUCUCCUACAUGAGUAUAAUGGGACACCCUCAAGUUCCUAUUUUUCUGGUUUACUUAUACAGUUUCACUUUCUUUAUGUCAUAAUUUUUAAUUUCAUAUUCUUAAUUUUAUCAUCUUAUUCUUGUUAGCCAAAGUCAUUAUGUGUAAAACACACAAGGGAGCAGCAAAACAAUGAGUUUCAAAGUCAACUGUUUUGCUGCCUCAUUCUCAUAAUAGUUAGUGUUGAAGAGGCAGUUGUUUAUGUGAUGUGACCGAGUGGAGGUGUAGUGACACUUUGUGUGCUAUUGCUGUUCCGUAAGAGCAAACCAUGAUUAAUAUUAAGGUGAUUUUGAGGUUUUAAAAUGAUCAGUAGAUUAAUUGAAAAUGCAAAUAGCAGUAGCAGUCAGUGUAGUAAUGACAAUUAUGUCAGUCAGAAUGAAAACUGAAAGAAAAAAUGGAAAGAAUGAGCUCAUUUUGUAAUGAAUGGUUAGAAGAUAAACACUUUAAAAGUUGGUUAGCUAAAAGGGACAGAAAACUGUACAGUGUGUACUGCUUCCUUUUCAAUAAAAAGUAAGGGUAUUGAGUCUAUAAGAAAGUUUUUGUUGUGAAAGAAACAUAAAAUUUGUGUACAAUUAAUGUUCAAAAGUAAAGUGAUUGCAAUUUUU